AUAGCUACUCAGCAAUAAAUUGCCCCCUACCCUCCCUUGCUUCUUUACCAUACCACUACCUUACUAGCUUCUCUCCCUCUCUUUCUCUCUCUCUCCCCCUGUGAUUCAAGAGUUCAACCCCCAUGGACAUAUGGUGUUCUUGCUGUGCUGUCUUUCUGAACCUCUCUAUUUCCUACGAUGACGACCGAUGGUAAAUAAAAGGUGAAAAACAAGCGCACUGAAAUCACAUUCAGCGGCAUUCGCUUCCUCAUCAAGCAUUUAUAAAAGCGCAAGUCUCGAUCAUCAGUAGACCGAUAUCCCAAGCGUACCAAUUGACCACUAGCUGCUAGCUAGCUAGGGUUAGUGGUGUGCAAUUUCAUUGAAAAUUCAAAGCAACCAAACAAGCAAAGAGCCCAAGAGGGAGAUAUAUAACAUGUUUCCCUCGGACAACACCGAUAAUGUUAACGAAUUAGUACCCGUGUCUUAUCCUCAUGUCGAUCAACCAUUUUUCCACAGCCGGCCAUUUGACCAUGACAUUACUACAGUAACCCCCAAUUUCUUUACUAAUUCCAACCCCAAUCCCAACUCCGGGCAACAACGAGGAGGAGAAGAAAACCUUCAUCAACAACAUCAUCACCCUCCUUUGUCUUUGCUCUACUUCCCCUCUCCGUUUGAAGACGACGACGUUUUACUAUUUCAGCAACACCAUCACCAAGAACCUGACCAUAUUGAGAUUUCGCUUCACGAGUCUCAAGUACCACCUUAUUUUAUGAAGGAAGCUGCUGCUGCUGCUACCGCCACUGCCGCUGCUGCCGCCACUGCCGCUGAUGACAACACCGGUACCGUCGUAGGGGAUGAUCAUCAGAAGACUACUACUACAAGUGUUAACAUUAAAAUGGUGGACUGGGAUUCCAACAAAAAUGGCCAUCACAUGGACAUGGAUGAUCAGCCGCAGAUCCCGAGAAGGAGGACUAACAAGAGAGAUCGCCACAGCAAGAUCAACACUGCCCGAGGCCCCAGGGACCGGAGAAUGAGAUUGUCCCUCGAAGUUGCCCGUAAGUUCUUUGGCUUGCAAGAUGUGUUGGAAUUUGACAAGGCCAGCAAAACCGUGGAGUGGUUGCUCAUUCAGUCAGAACCCGAAAUCAAGAAACUAUCAAGAGAUCACCAUCGGAAAUUCAACUACAAAAACAUGGUGAGAUGUGCCAAAACCACGUCUCCAGCCACUUCGGAAUCGUGUGAAAUACUAUCCGGCGUAGACGAGGCUCCAACAAACAUUAACAUUAGUAAUGGUGGCAACGAUGAUAAUGAUAAAGUAAGAAGCUGCGGGAUCAAACCCUCAGCCAAAGAGAGAAAGAUUGUCCACAGGCAAUCAAGGAAGCGCGCAUUUCACCCUCUUGCAAAGGCUUCGAGGGAAAAGGCAAGGGCAAGGGCUAGGGAAAGAACAAGAGAAAAGAUGCAGAGAUCAAAGAAGCCUAGUAAUGACCAGGCAAAACUAAGCCGUUUGAAUUCUUGGAACCCAUUUGAAAGUGGGGAAGAAUCAUCAGCUUACAACAACAAUAUGAACAAUACUGCUAACGAUCAGCCUGAUUCACUGGUGGCGUUGCGACCUUACCCCGAUGGGGUUGAAGAACCAUUAAGCAGCUCCCUAGCCGGAGAUAUUCAAGACAUGGUUGUUGAUCAUGGUGCUACUCAUGAUGCUAUGGUGGUAAUGGGAAAAUGGAGCCCUUCUUCAGUGUUCACUCCUCUCCAGCAAAGUACUGGAAUUUCCCAAGAGCACCAACAGUUUGCCGACUUUCAAUUCUUUGACAAACCGUGGGACGUCUACAACAAUACUCAUAAGCUAUUCUAAGUGGAAAGUUUGUCUCUCAAUUAUUAAAUCUCAAUUACAAGUGCCUGAAAAACAUUCUGAUUAGCUUUGUGUAUUGUGUUUCUUUCUGUUUGGAAUAAUGUAAAAUAGCAAAUUAAGUAUCUUAAUUUUCAAUCAUGGUGCACUUUUCCUC